AUCGUUGGCAACUUACUGUAUUACCGCUACAUGAAUCCAGCCAUUGUCGCACCAGAUGCAUUUGACAUCAUCGAUCUUUCAGCUGGAGGUCAGCUGACUACAGAUCAACGCAGAAACCUUGGUUCCAUUGCAAAGAUGUUGCAGCAUGCUGCAUCCAAUAAGAUGUUCAUGGGAGAUAACGCACACCUCAGCAUUAUUAACGAAUACCUGUUGCAGUCAUACCAGAAAUUCAGACGUUUUUUUCAGGCUGCUUGUGAGGUUCCUGAAUUGCAGGAUAAAUUUAAUAUUGAUGAAUAUUCUGACUUGGUGACUCUCACUAAACCAGUUAUUUAUAUUUCUAUUGGUGAAAUCAUCAAUACGCACACUUUGCUCUUAGACCAUCAAGAUGCAAUUGCUCCUGAGCACAAUGAUCCAAUUCACGAGCUGCUGGAUGAUCUCGGAGAGGUUCCUACGAUUGAGUCCUUAAUAGGGGAAGGGUCUGGCAACGUUAAUGACCCCAACAGGGAAACGCUAGCAAAGACUGAGGUUUCUCUUACACUCACUAAUAAAUUUGAUGUUCCUGGUGAUGAGAAUGCAGAGAUGGAUGUGAGGACUAUUCUGUUGAACACAAAACGUUUAAUUGUUGAUGUAAUCCGCUUCCAACCAGGGGAGACGCUGACUGAAAUCUUGGGAACUCCAGCUACCUCAGAGCAAGAAGCUGAGCAUCAGAGAGCUAUGCAGAAACGGGCCAUUCGUGAUGCUAAAACUCCCGAUAAGAUGAAAAAAUCUGUGUCUGUGAAGGAAGAUGGCAACUUAAAUCUUCAAGGAAAGAAAGAUAAAAUUAAGACAGGCCUGAAGAAAUUGACAGAACUGGGGACAGUGAAUGCUAAAAAUAAAUACCAGGAACUAAUCAAUGACAUUGCAAAGGAUAUCCGAAAUCAGCGUAGAUACCGUCAGAGAAGAAAGGCAGAGCUGGUGAAGCUGCAGCAGACAUACAGUGCCUUGAACUCCAAAGCUACUUUUUAUGGGGAACAAGUGGAUUAUUACAAAAGCUACAUCAAAACCUGUUUGGAUAACCUGGCCAGCAAGGGCAAAGUUUCUAAGAAGCCUCGGGAGAUGAAAGGCAAGAACAGUAAAAAGAUUUCUCUAAAAUAUACAGCAGCUCGACUUCAUGAGAAGGGAGUACUUUUAGAGAUUGAGGACCUGCAAGGUAACCAGUUUAAAAAUGUGAUAUUUGAAAUCAGUCCAACAGAAGAAGUAGGAGAUUUUGAGAUAAAAGCAAAAUUCAUGGGGGUACAGAUGGAAACCUUUAUGUUACAUUAUCAGGAUCUUUUGCAGCUGCAGUAUGAAGGCGUUGCAGUCAUGAAGUUGUUUGACAGAGCAAAAGUGAAUGUCAACCUUCUGAUCUUUCUUCUGAAUAAGAAAUUUUAUGGGAAGUAACUGUCCUCUGCCAGCAAGUCUCUGAAAGGGGAGAUGAAGAGAAAUCUGCACGUACAGUUGUAGUGUGACAUAGCUAUGUAUCAGUUUAUGCCCAUGCCAUGCUCACAUAUAUCAA